UCUUCCAGGCGUGGUUACCGUGACGUAGUGACCGGUUGGUCGGACGUCGCGAUUUCGUAACUCUAGUACCUUACAUGCUGCACGAGGGGUCGACCUCGCGAUGAAAAAGAAACGUUUCAGGUUUUCUGCCUCCCUCACACUUUACGAACUGAGUGACGUGCCGUUUGUGAGUGGAGUUCUAUUCGUGAAGGUGAAGCUCGGCGAUGGCGGAUCUUUCUCCGCCAAGACGGCAAGGCAGGCGAUUAGCAAUCACACGGUGACGUGGAACGAGGAGUUCACGUUUGAGUGCCGAAUGACGGCCCCGGCCAGCGACGGCAUUCUCAGCGACUGCAUGUGCCGACUGUUUAUUCGAAUGGAGACAAAAGGUGGCAAGUCAUAUGAGAAGCUUGGCUAUGUUGACAUCAAUCUUGCUCAAUACGCAUGUGCCGGGCUACAGACAACAAGAAUGUUGUUGCUCGGCAACAGCAACGCGAAGAAGCAAGACAACUCUGUACUGAAGGUUGGUGUGAAUGUCAAUUUACUUUCGGGCGAUCCUUGUUUCAAGAAACCGGAAUUGGUGAGAGUGAAGUUGACCGAUGCAUUCAGUAGUUCACACACUGAAGCUGCUAUGGCAAGAGACAUGCCAGCAGGCGGAGCUAACCCACUGUCUGUUUCAGGCAGUUCGCAUGUACAUCAGUCGAGUGCAUCGGGUCUUCUCCCUCCUCUGCAUUCUCGUCAAGCUAGUCAGGGCAGCGGUUGUCCGUCGUCGUCGCAUUCUCGACAAGCCAGUCAAACGAGCACGAUCAGCAUGUCGUCGAGACCUCACAGCGGCGUUCAUUCACGCACACCUUCGUUCUGUGAGGAGGACAAGCUACCAGCAUCAGCAGGAAGUCGACUAAGAAAACCAAGUGACAUUCUAUUAACAACAGGAAAACGAUCAGACGUACCUGCUUCAGCCGAAGCAGUUGUUGAUCAGAUUAUCAACAAUCAGUCUGUGAUGGAAGGCGAUGAAACUGAUGGACAUAAUGGAGCUAUCAGCAGAAGCUCUCUACAACUAUUCGUUAGUCCCAGCGGCCAAGCGACCGUGUCAGGCACCGAUAUUAGAUUUUCAGGUGGCUACAAGCCCGUCAUCAUGACGGGAGCACAAUAGGCCGUGACAUCGAAUGUAUAUUUAACUGUAGCUUUUCGCUGGUUGUCUUUUAUUCAUGUUCUUUUCUAGAGCAUAUUCUAUUGUUUCUAUAAAGCUAGUUAUUGGUCUAUAUUGAGUACAGACAUACAUGUACUCGUCUGAGUAAAUUAAAACGAAGGCCAUAAGGUUGAUUUGCUUGUAGCAACUGAAAAAGUAUUGCAGUGUUCAGAACA